AUGGAACCUGAAGAUCGGAUCACCACACGAUCAGCGCGAGGCCAGCAUCAUCUCAACGGGUCCAACAGCCCUCAGGCCCCAUGCCCGGGCAAGGUCCAUAUAUACAAAGCUGAGGGAUCCUUGGUCAGCAAUGCCAGACACAAUAAGAGAGCCAUCACGGUACAGGAAGAGGAGAACGGAGACGGAGACAACGCCGCCAGCGCCAUGAGCAAGACAACUACGCAACUCGAGCAUCCGCAGAUGCGGUUAUCGGCAACGGCGCUGGGAGCAGAGUCCCCCGUUGCCAUUGCCGCCACCUCCGCCGCCGCCGCCACUGUCGGUCUCGAACGCAGCCACCCCAGCGAUGAGAAGACCAACGUCGUGGCCAACCCCCGCCGUCCAAGCGACAUCAGCCUCGCCAUCAUGAUCAAUGUGACCAGAGGGAAGAGCCCCCUCUCCACCACCGUCACCAUCACCACCACCACACCAGCCAGCAAAUGCCGUGUGUGGAGUGAGUUGCGCGCCGCGGUGGUGGCAGCCAGCUCCGAGGCCACGGGCGUCAACAACUACGCCAACCUCGCCAACCUGACAGUCAAGCUUGAAGAAGACGGUCACGCGGCGUGCAUGACCAUUACGCCAACCAAGAUUGAUGCUCAGACUGCGUUUCGGAGCAGGACCUACGAGGCAUGGUACCAUAGAAUCAUGAGGGGAAAGCAGUCGAUCUAUGUCGUGGAUGUCAAGAUGGACGUCUCAAGCUGA